UCUCAGAGAAACACAAAUCUCAGAUAGUACCAAAAUUCGAUGUACCUGCUCCUACUACUCGUACAGGUUCACGCACUUUCUCUCUCUAACAGGCAAGCACCACAUCACCCCUUCGUUUUCAAUCGGGGUUUCAAUUAAAUUAAAAAAAAAUUGGGCAAAAAUGGAGGACGAGAAAUACUCCGACGAGUUGAAUGUGGCGGUGAGGGUGGUCCACAUGGCGUGUUCCCUCUGCGAAAAGGUGCAGAAGCAAUUGCUCUCCACAAAUUCCGACCAGGUUAAAUCCAAAGACGACGAUUCACUUGUUACCGUUGCAGAUUGGAGUGUGCAAGCGACAGUAAGCUGGAUGCUGUCGAAAUCCUUCGGCAGCAAAAACAUCUCAAUUGUGGCCGAAGAAGACAUCCAAACUCUAUCAAAAUCCGAGUCAUCUUCUCUGUUAGCAAUGGUGGUGAGUGCCGUAAAUGGAUGCUUAUCCGAAGCAUCAAGAUUCGGUCUCCAAGGACCAGAGAAACCACUCAGCCCUUCACAAAUUCUCGAAGCAAUCAGCCAAUGCAGCUCACGUGGGGGCCUGCUUGGUCAGCAUUGGGUACUUGACCCAGUCGACGGGACCCUCGGUUUUGUUCGUGGAGAUCAGUAUGCAGUUGCACUUGCCUUGAUUGAUGAUGGAGAAGUUGUGCUCGGAGUUCUUGGUUGCCCUAAUUAUUCGGUUAAAGAUAACGGUUUAAAUAAGUACAGUCGAGAGAAUCGUGUUACGUCGAACGGUGAAGUUGGGUGUGUGAUGUACACGAGGAAAGGGAGUGGGAAAGCUUGGAUGCAGCCAUUGAUUCGUUUCGAUAAGAGGCUCGAUUGGCCGAAUUCUGCGAAACUGAUACGUGUUUCUUCGGUUGAUGAUCCUGCACUUGCUACGUUUUGCGAACCGGUGGAGAAAUCUAAUUCUGACCAUUCUUUUGCUGCUGGUGUAGCUAGCACUGCUGGCUUGAGAAAAAAGCCGUUGAGAGUUUAUAGCAUGGUGAAAUAUGCGGCGAUAGCAAGAGGAGAAGCAGAAAUAUACAUGAGAUUUGCGAGGUCGGGUUAUAAGGAGAAAAUAUGGGAUCAUGCAGCUGGGGUUCUCCUUGUGAUAGAAGCUGGUGGGGUGGUGACUGAUGCAGGUGGGUGCCAGCUGGACUUUUCUCGGGGAAUAUACCUAGAAGGCAUCGAUAGGGGUAUAAUUGCUUGUUCCGGUUCUAAAUUGCACGAGAAAAUAAUCGGAGCUGUUUAUGCUAGCUGGGAAUCAUCUAACUUGUGAGAGCUGCUUUUCUCUCUCUUGUGCCAAGAAACUAAAGAAUAAAGAUGAUAAUCGAACACAACUUCAGUACUUGAUGCAAGGCCAAGGAAGUCAAUAAUGGAGCUGUUCUUUGUAUACCAAGUUUCAUAUUUUCCGCAGAAGGUAC